UUAGAGGUUGCAGGUUAGGCGCCGCUGAUCCAGCCCCUCCGCGCAGCCGCUGAUGAUGGCCCUGCGGCUCCUGCUCCACAUCGCUGUGCUCAGACUAGGCACCACCCUGCCCUUGGUUCAGGGUCGCGGCUUCCGCACGCCAGCGGUUGCCUGGCCAUCCUUCUUCCACCUCAACUCGCCCCUGGCGGUUCAGGAAACCAUGCAAAUUCCGAACAACGGGAGCGCGCCCCUGCUCGUAGACGUGCAGGUGUUCGUAUCCAAUGUGUUUAACGUGGACAUCCUGCGGUACACAAUGUCCUCCAUGUUGCUGCUUCGGCUGGCCUGGCUGGACACUCGCCUGGCCUGGAAUGGCAGUGAGUACCCACCGCGCUUGGUAACACUGCCCUGGGACUCACUGUGGACACCGGGACUCACUCUCCAAGAGGCGCUCUGGGUGGACUGGCAGGACCAGAGCCCACGGGCCCAGGUGGACCGAGAUGGCCACGUCGAGCUCUAUGUGGCCCUCACUACGGAGACCAACUGCGACUUUGAGCUUCUCCACUUUCCCAGGGACCAGAGCGACUGCACCCUCAGCUUCUAUGCUCUCAGCAACACUGUGAUGGAGCUCGAGUUCCAGCCCCACGUGGUGAAUGAGAUCGUGAGUGUCAAGAGGGAGUACAUAGUUCGGGAUUUGAAAACCCAAGUCCCCCCCCAGCAGCUGGUACCCUGCUUCCAGGUGACGCUGCGCCUAGAGAACACAGCACUGAAGGCCAUCAUAGCUCUGUUGGUACCCGGGGAGGCGCUGCUGUUGGCUGACGUGUGUGGGGGGCUGCUGCCCCUCCAGGCCACCGAGCGCACUGCCUACAAGGUGACCCUGCUGCUGGGUUACCUGGUCUUCCACUCCUCCCUGGUGGGGCCCCACCUCACACCCCUCAACCACCCCCCGCCGCCCUAA